AGAGAGAGAGAGUGGGAGCGCUACAUUAGAUUUCCCCGAAGCUGCCCGUUAUUUUGAGAGAACGCUCCGCCCAGCGACUCGUUUUACUUUCUUAACCGGGCGGGUGAUCGUUGCUACUGCAGUCAGACGAAGCUGAAGGAAAAGUGUCGAAGUCGGAAAAAGCGAACGAAGUUAUUUAGCCUGUUAAAUGUAAACAACAUGGCGAGUGAUCGGAGACACAGCCGCGUCGGUAGAGGACUCGCACUGCUCUAGUCACCUAAGUAACUAGGGCUGAAGUGUGAAAGUGUCUUGAAUGUUUUUUUUCCAUGGGAGCUCUGAGAUCAUCACUAUGGCAGUUAACAAGUCUUCGGGGAAAGGAAAAAGCGUAGACUUCCUCAGAAACAGUAGGCUGAUUGUCUGAGACGAUGAAGAGUUUACGCAGCGCUGCUUUUCUAUGUAACAGAUUGGAUAAGUCUUCGUGUCGAGCAGGACACUUCACUGUAACGGAGGGAUCACCUCUAAGGAACUACACUAUUAUGUAAACAUAAUCUAAAUGUCCCAGAUGGGAAGCUGGAGUUGAGGGACAUUGGAGCUGAUUUUGUUCCGUCUUGAGGAUGUCCGGGUGCGUGAAAGGUCGCGUUUACGUGCAUGAGGACGCACUUACAGUGCACUGGGUUACAUUGCGGUGUUCUCCGUCUAUUUCACUCAAUCCAGCAAUACACCUUUAGUUUCUGUUUUUUACUAAAUGAUCACAUGUGUUGACUUUAUCAUGGCACUGAGGUCUAGAAAAGCAUGGACCAAUGUGAUGGUCGGGCUGUUGCUCGGGUUCACUGCAGCAUCCUGGCUUUUGGUGCCCCGGGUAACUGAGCUCAAAAAGACCUCCAUGUGCUCACCAUACAGUCUAGGUAAAGUUUCAGAACUGGUAAAAACCCCUGUAACUAACAACGUCUGGCAGGAUAGCCAGCACAGACCAUCCUCCAGCAGAGAAAGAAGCUACGAAGAGGAGGAUGAGGAGCAAAGUGUGGACAUGCCAAGCCAUGGAGGACCCAUUCCUCAUCCCAAACAUUUCCUGUAUGUCGGAGUCAUGACUGCUAAAAAAUAUCUGGACUCAAGGGCGGUGGCCGUGUAUAAGACGUGGGCGCCUGGCAUCCCAGGAAAGGUGGAGUUCUUCUCAAGUCAUGGCUCGGAUUCCAUCCCACUUCCUUUCCCACUGCCCGUGGUCUCGCUACCAGGUGUUGAUGAUUCGUAUCCGCCACAGAAGAAGUCCUUUAUGAUGUUGAAGUACAUGCACGAUCACUACCUGGACAAAUACGAGUGGUUCAUGAGGGCUGAUGAUGACGUCUACAUCCGAGGUGAAAAGCUGGAGCUCUUCUUGCGCUCUCUCAACAGCAGUAAGCCUCUGUAUCUGGGGCAGACAGGUUUAGGCACCACAGAAGAACUUGGCAAGUUGGCACUGGAGCCUGGAGAGAAUUUUUGCAUGGGUGGCCCGGGUAUGAUCUUCAGCCGUGAGGUGCUGCGCUUGAUGGUGCCCCACAUCAGCACCUGUCUGAGGGAGAUGUACACCACGCAUGAGGAUGUGGAGGUGGGCCGCUGUGUCCGCAGAUUUGGGGGAACCCAGUGUGUGUGGUCAUAUGAGAUGCAGGAGCUGUUCUAUGAAAACUAUGAGCACAAGAAAGGCUUCAUUGAGGAGCUGCGCAGCAGCAAGAUUCACAACGCCAUCACUCUGCACCCCAACAAGCGCCCGGCUUAUCAGUACCGGCUACACAACUACAUGCUCAGCCGUCAGAUCUCACAACUGCGCUACCACACCAUCCAUUUACAUCGUGAGACCAUGAGCAUGAGCCACCUCAGCAACACAGAGGUGCAGUGGGAGGACCAGCAGCUAGGUGCACUCCCCUCCUAUACCCGCUACCAGCCAACUGAACGAGCAGACGUCAUCGAGUGGGAUUUCCUUAACGGGCGGUAUCUGUACUCUACUACCGAAAAGAAUAUGCCGCGUCAGGGUCUCGGCAACGUGCUCCGCUCUGCCUUAGAGCACACGGUUCUCCAGUUGAUGGAGAUGAUCAAUGAGAACUCCAAAGUUCGUGGUCGUGUUAUUGAUUUCAAAAAGAUCCAGUAUGGUUACAGGCGGGUAAAUCCUUUACAUGGCGCUGAGUACAUCCUGGAUCUUAUGCUGCUGUAUAAGAGGCACAAAGGACGAAAAGUGACCGUGCCAGUACGGAGACAUGUCUACCUGCAGCAGUCAUUUAGUAGGCCUUAUUUUAAUGAACCUGAGCAGCUAGAUGUAGCUGAACUGGUAGAGGCAAUCAAUAGUGACUUUCAGUCUUUUUCACUUCUCUCUAAUUCACUCAAGAUCUUUUACCCUUUUCAGUUUUCAGAGUCUAACAGGGAGAUACGAGAGCAAGGUCAAAAGAAGCUGCACAUCCUCGUACCUCUUAUGGGUCGCUAUGAUACAUUUGUGCGCUUCAUGGACAACUUUGAGAAGGUCUGCCUAAUUUCUAACCAGAAUGUAAAAUUAAUUAUCAUCCUGGUGGAUAAUGAUAGCAACCAAGACAAAGAGAAGCAUUUGGACUUGAUUAAGGAGUACCAUAAUAAAUAUCCCAAAGCAGAUCUGUCUGUAAUACCAAUGAGUGGAGAGUUUUCUAGAGGUCUUGCCUUAGAAAUGGGUGUCUCUGGCCUGAAUAAUAACUCUCUGUUGUUUUUCUGUGACGUCGAUCUGGUCUUCAAUAGUGACGCACUCCAGCGAUGUAGAUACAACACAGUUGAAGGGAGACAGGCCUACUUUCCUGUUGUAUUUAGCCAGUACAAUCCCAAAAUUGUCUUUGGUGAGGGCCAUACUGAAGACAGCAACUUUGUUUUCACCAAAAAAUCUGGCUUCUGGCGAGAUUACGGAUUCGGGAUCACUUGCAUAAUCAAAGGUGACUUGCUAAAAGCUGGUGGUUUUGACACUUCAAUACAAGGCUGGGGGCUGGAGGAUGUCGACUUGUUCACAAAGAUCAUCAACUCUGAUUUAAAAGUGUUCCGUUCACAAGAACCGGGCAUAGUGCAUGUUUAUCAUCCUGUCCAAUGCGAUACUAAUCUAGAGCCCAAGCAAUACAAAAUGUGCCUGGGGUCCAAAGCGAGUACAUAUGCAUCUGCGAUGCAGUUAGCCGAACUGUGGCUGGAGAAACAUUUAGGCGUAGGCUACAGGAACAGAACUUCCUCCUGACAUUCCAGCUAUCUGUCAGUGUCACUAGAGAUUACCUCAGUUCCUCAGUACAUGAACGCAAAAGACUGAUUAUGUCUUAUGUGAAAAGUGUAAGCAAGUGUGUGAAAUUAACGGUACUCUAGCAGCAUUUGGUGCAGCGUAUUUAUUUGUGCAGUUGACUUUCACAGCGUCUUCCGUAGGUCAUUUAGGAAAUGAUGUUAAUACCAUUUGUUUUGUGCUUUGUUGUUAAAAAUCUGCUGAUUUACUCAGGAGCAUAUUUUUCAUCACAUGACCACCGUCUGUGAACGUUCAGUAUUAUCCAUGCCAUUAAAGCCGUAUGAGAAGUGCUCUUGUUUCCAGGUUAAAGUGGACACAAACACCGCCAUGAAUUAAUAAAUUAUUAAGAAAUUAAUAUAUUUCCAUGGGGACAUUAAUAUAAAAGUACCAUAAAUGUGCUUUAAAGGGGACUGAAGAAAAAUAAAGUUUUCUUUAUACUAAUAAAAUAUUUUUUAUUUCUGCAGUAUUUUUAAAGUUACUGUAACUUU